UUCUCAAAGAAUGCGCAAGUAGAGCUGCACCAUUAUUUCUCAGAUAUGGCCUCAUCAUCUCCUGACUCCAAGCGACUCACAAAGCGCUUUUCACUCGCUACCCUUCUUGUCAUGGUGAGCUGCUGCACGCAUUUCGCGCUUGCAGCUCGCGAUGUGCCGGCGGCCGGCAACGACAAGGCGAUGAGAGAGAGAUACGAGAAGUGGAUGGCGGAGCACGGCCGCACUUACAAGAACCCGGCGGAGAAGGCUCGACGGUUCGAGAUAUUCAAGUCUAACGCCCACUUCAUCGACUCCUAUAAUGCUGCAGCAGGCCCAGGGGCCAAGAGUCGCCCUGGGCUGACGACCAACAAUUUCGCCGAUCUGACCGAGGCCGAGUUCAACAAUAUCUACAUCCGUCGCCGGAGCCUGCCACGGCCACCGUCUGUUGUCGAAACCGGAUUCAUGUACGGGAACGUAUGCCUUUCUCAUAUUCCUGCCAGUAUAGACUGGAGGGAGAAGGGGGCGGUAACUCCUGUCAAGGAUCAAGGCUCAUGUGGGUGUUGCUGGGCGUUCUCCGCGGUGGCAGCAGUGGAAGGCAUCCACCAAAUCAAAACCCAGAACCUGGCGUCCCUGUCGGAGCAGCAGCUCCUGGACUGCUCCACCGGCGCGAACAACCGUGGCUGUAACCUGGGCGACAUGGACGAAGCAUUCCGGCACAUUGUCCACAGCGGUGGCCUCACCACCGAGGAGGCAUACGGCUACGAAGCUAAGCAGAGCACCUGCCGCUCAUCUGGAAAGCAGGUAGCGGCCAAGAUCAGAGGUUUCCAGUAUGUUCCUCCACUGAAUGAGACUGCCCUCCUGUUGGCGGUUGCCCACCAGCCCGUGUCCGUUGCCUUGGACGGCAACAACACCGCGUUCCGCUUUUUUGAUGGUACGGGAAUAUAUGGUGCAGCAGGCCAGCAGUGUACCACUGACCUCAACCAUGCUGUAACGGCCGUCGGCUACGGCACUGACGAGAACGGUAGCAAGUACUGGCUGAUGAAGAACUCGUGGGGAAGCAGUUGGGCGGACAAGGGCUACGUGAAGAUCGCGAGGGAUGUGGCAUCCAAUACCGGCCUUUGCGGCCUUGCCAUGCAGGCGUCCUACCCUGUUGCCUAACAAAUAGUAUAAUGUAUUUUAUCUAGUAUUAAUAAUUAGCAUGCCGGCCCUUGGAAAUGCAGGAGCUAGCACCAUCUAAAAGUUUGUCCCAAAAGGGUUACAUAAAAACAUGUGUUAUGCAAUAAAGUUGUCUAAAAAGGUUUUAA